ACAGUGCAGUCACAUUAUCGCUAUUUCUUCAGCAUUUCGCGGGAUCUGCAAUUUUUAUUGGCGAAUAUUUCCAUUUUACCCGGUUUUUAACUGACUAGAGUGAAUUUUGGAAGACAUACAACUCUUUUCACUGCCCAUUGCCUUGAUAGCAGUACUGUUAAUCGAUUAACAAAUAUUUACUUGACCACUUAAAAUGUCUGCUGAAGCCGAAGCAAUUGUCACAACGGCCGCCGCCGAUGUGUCAUCACCCAGCAAGACAGUGGCCGUUGAGCCCGUAGCUGCUGAUACAACACCAGAAAAUGUUCCAGCGGUUUCUACCGAGGGCACCGGAAAGGAGGAACAGGAACGUGCUGAGAAAAUACUGAAGGGCAAGGAGCUGUUUAGCCAAGGAUCGCGCAACUUCCUGGUGAAGAGUUACGACGAGGCUGCCGACGAGCUGAGCCAGGUGUGCCAGCUAUAUGAGGAGGUGUACGGGGAGCUGGCUGAUGAGCUAGGACAGCCCCUGUUGCUCUAUGCAAAGGCUCUGAUUGCCAUGGCUCUGGAUGAGAACAAAGUAAUCGAUGUGCCCGAUGAGGCUGCCGACGAUGAUGACGAGGAUAUGGACGACGAUGAAGAAGAAGGCGCAGAAGAUGGUGCGUCCAAGAAGGAGGACAUUAAAGAGGAAAAGAAAGAGACCAAGGAAGCAGCAAAUGGUGCGAGCAGCACAAAUGGAAAAGAGCUGGAUACCAUAAAGGAGGGUUCCGAUGAGGCCGACUCCACUGGGGAAGCUGAGCAAGCUCAGAGCGAGGAGAAGACCUCCAAAAAGGCACCCACUGGUGUUGAUGAGGUCAGCAGUAGCAAUGGUGGUGGAGGAUCUACCGUCAACGAUGACGAGCGUCCAAGCACAUCAAAUGGUGAAGUGACGGCUAGUUGCUCCAACGGAGCUGGAGCAACCGGUGAGGAGGAGCCAGAAGAAGAAGAAGGAGUUAGCGGUAGUUUGCAGUUGGCCUGGGAGAUUCUAGAGGCGGCUGCCCAGAUAUUCACACGUCAGGGUCUAAGUGGUCUGCCAUAUUUGGCUGAAGUUCAGACGGAGCUGGCCAACAUUGAGUUCGAAAACGGCAUACUCGAGGCAGCACGGGAGGAUUAUGAGAAAGCGUUGAAAAUUCACGGCGAGCUGCCUACACAGAACCGACGUGCUUUGGCCGAGUUGCACUAUAAGAUCGGGCUGACCUAUUUGAUGCAGCAACUUAAUAAGGAGGGGGCCACAGCCCUGCGACACUCGAGCGCGUUGAUCGAAGAGGAAAUAGCCGAGAUCAAGGGCAAGGAUGAACCCAGUGAGCGCGACAGAAAUAAUAUGCUAGAUCUGGAGGAGACCAAGCAGGAGAUUUUGGCCAAGAUACAGGAAAUCGAAGAGAUGCAGGCUCAGACCAUUGCCGAAGUGCGAGCUGCCCUGGAUAGCUACAUCAAGCCAAUGAGCAGUGGGGAUGCUGGAGCAGCUUCCUCCUCGUCAUCGUCGUCUUCUUCAGCAGCAGCCGCAAAUGGAGCCGCCAGCUCCUCAUCGUCCUCCUCCAAAGGCUCUGCGGCAGCUUCUUCAUCGGCCAUCAGUAGCAGUUCGGCCAAGCCCACAGACAUCACACAUUUGAUCAAGCGCAAGAAGCCCGAGGAGCCCAGCUCGGAGGCCGAAGCUCUCUGCUCGCCAGCUAAGCGGGCUGCUGUCUAAGGGGGGACAUUCCAGUUGCCCAGUGGCACACCCACUCACAACCACAACCACAGACAACACACACCCCACACAUCAGCUACUUAAACCAACUCACACGCAUUCAACACCAUUCAACUGUUCUAUUCCUCGAUCCUAUUUAUACUAUUUGUUUGCUGUUUUCUACCAAAAUUCUCUGUAAGUCUGUAAGUUUACAAUCACAAUUAGUGCUAAGUGCGUACAUAAAAUAAUGUUUUGUAUUAAACGAAAAAACGAAGAAGGAUGGCAAAAAGUGUAAACAAUAAAUACGGGAGAUUUCCCCAAGAAAGUUA